AUAUGAAUACAACCUUUGACCCAGAAACACAUGCUGCCUGCUAAGAUUACGUUUGGCUUUGCCGUGGCUGCAGUAAGAACAUUGCACCGUACGACAAGCAGUAUGCCGCUGAAAAUCGCAGCCAAUGUUUCCCUCAUGUUUAAGGAAACGCCAAAUUUAGCUGACAGGUAUCAGGUUGCAAAAGAUGCAGGUUUCAAGUUUGUGGAGUGCACGUUCCCGUAUGACGUCCCAGCAGAUCAGAUGGCGGCUGCUAGAAAAGGGGCGGGGCUAGAGCAAGUGCUUAUCAAUGCCUACCCAGGUGACUUAGCAAAGGGUGACCUUGGAAUAGCUGCACUUCCAAGCAGAAAAGAAGAAUUCAGAGAGAAACUGGAAUUAUCAAUACAAUAUGCAAAUGCUUUGGAGUGUAAAAGAAUGCACUUGAUGGCUGGCAAGAGAGGUCAAGUUGAUGAUAAGGUCAUGGAGGAGACAUUCCUAGACAAUCUCCAAUAUGCAGCGGACAGGUUACAGAAGGAAGGAAUCCUGGCUGUGAUAGAGCCGGUCAACAACAGAAUCUCGGUCCCCGACUACUUCCUGUACGACCCUCACAAAGGGCUGGAAUACGUGAAGCGACUAAACCACCCCAACUUAAAACUUCAGUUUGACGUGUUUCAUGUACAGAUCAUGGACGGAAACCUGACGAAGAACCUGCAGGAAAUGUUCCCAUACAUCGGUCACAUACAGAUCUCCCAGGUGCCGGACCGCCAUGAGCCGGACAGUCCGGGCGAGAUCAACUACCCAUAUGUGUUCCAAGUCCUGGAGAGUCUCGGAUACCAGGGCUACAUCGGCUUAGAGUACAAUCCUAAAGGCGACACACUGGCUGGACUCGAGGGCUUGCGGAAACUUGGUCUCCUGUAACACCUCAAGUCUUCGUGAAGAUGUUCACCAAACACAGGAAGUGGGCUCUGGGACGUUAUUCUGGUUGUCAUAGAAACCUGGAAAUAUUGUGUUUUGCAAUAUGGAAGAGACAGAUGUGUCCUGUGUUAAAUCGAUCAGAUAAAACACAGGGAAAAUGUAGGUGUUAUAAAGAUUUUCUGUGACCUUACCAUAAAGGUCGGCCAAUCAAAUGCUGGAAAAUAUUUCAAGAGGCUUUCAUUUCUUGGGUUAGCUUGCUGGGGGUUUGGAAUAAACCAGACUGAGGUCCUUGGUCUUGUCCGGGCUUCACUGAAAUUGUCAACAUAGAUACCCUACAUUAUACUUUCAGCUUUCUCCAUUGAACUGUUGCGAAAUAAACUCAAUAAGUUUACUCAUUUUGGUCAUAGAAAUUAGCAAGAGAUCCAUGCAUUAAAACUUAAUGAAUAUUGUUGAAACUGAUUGAUGGAAGUAAGAGGACUUUGAAUCUGGCCAGGAAGGUUUUGAUCACUCUUUGACCUCCACUGAGAGAUUCACACCAGGAACAAGCUGGGGGAAGGAAGAUGGGUCAGGGGACUUCUGUGAGCAAUUCAAAUAAAGUGACCUUGACAUUCAGUCAGCCAAUCAUAGGCCAGUAUAUUUCCCCAGAGUGAUUCGAUGCAUCAACUGGUGUAGUAGUGAAUCUGGUGUAUGUUAAGCAGAAACAGAUAUAUAUAAUUUGAUUCACCAUGACCAUGUGCAAUCAAUACAGAAUGAAAUCCUUGCGUUUUGCACUUGUAAAAUGUAUGUUCAACCAAAUACAAAUAUUUUGUUAA